GAGAUACAUUCCAGAGAAUUCCACCCCUAUCCAUAAAGAUGAAAACGCUAUAUUAAUAUAACAAGUAUACAUAAAUCAUCAUCAAAUUGUGAAAAAAAUACUAUAUACUGCUAGAUUAAAAUGGCACUAUUUUUUGGUGAUCAUCCAUUCAGACGAUUCUUCAUAGGUCCCAGAAGUAUGUACCGCACCGGAUCACCAACAACAACAGAAGGUCUUAUGGAUUGGUUCGAAACUCCACAAUCUCACUUCAUCAAGAUCAAUGUCCCUGGAUAUAGCAAGGAGGACAUAAAGGUACAAGUUGAAGAAGGGAACAUAUUAGUGAUAAGAUCGUUAGCUAAUAAUAAAGAAAAGGAAAUUAAAGACAAGCAAAAGGAGACUGAUGCUGUUUGGCAUGUUGCGGAAAGGGGGGGUAGCGGUUUCUCGAGGGAAAUUGAGAUACCGGAAGAUGUGAAAGUUGAUCAGAUUAAAGCUCAGGUUGAAAACGGACUUCUAACUGUAGUCUUACCGAAAGAUCUUAGUCCUAGUAAGCCGUCGAAAGUUCGUAACAUUCAUGUCUCUAGCAAGCUCUAGUUUAAUUAAUGUUGAUUAUUACGAGUAUUAAUUAGUACAAGUGUGUGUCAUUAAAAUGUUCUGAAGAAACGUAUUAUAGUGUUUGAUGAUUUACUAAUUUAGACAUGUUGUAAUAUGUAUAUUUAAUAUAUCUACAACUUAAUAUA